UGGACCCAGAGCAGACAGACAGACAGACAGACAGCAGGUUGUGAGCCGCAGUGCCAAGGAGCAGGGGGUCUCCAUGGGGCCCCGGGCCCGCGUCAGGGCCGCCAAGUGUCAGAUGCUGAUGGCCAGCUUCUUCACCAUGCUGCUGGCCCUCUCUGUGGCUGCCCUGGCCACCCUCACCUACUUUGGGGUUCACUUCACGGUCAUCAGCCAAGCGUCCCCACACUGGGCUCCCUACGCAGCCGCACAGCGUUGGGCCUUCUUCCUGGGCCUCAGCCUGGCGCUGCUUCUGGGCCUGGGCGCCGUGCUGGGAGCCACUGCCACGGUGAGGGAGGCCGGGGGGCUCAUGGCCGCGGCCUUCCUCUGCUUCGCCCUGGUGUUCUGUGCCCUGGCUCAGGUGGCUGUCUGGAGGCUGCACGGCCCCUCCCAGGUGGGCGAGGCCAUGCUGGACACCUAUGACCUGCUAUAUGACCGUGCCGUCAGGGGCCCGUCCGGAGCCGGGGGCCCCGAGCUGGCGGCCAUCCAGGACACGUUUCUGUGUUGUGGGAAGAGCUCACCCUUCAGCCGCCUGGGGGGCAGCCAGGACCUGUUGUGUCGGGGGCCGCAGGCCGAGAGGCAGGACUGUCUGCAGGGCAUCAGGAGCUUCCUCAAGACUCAUGGGAACAUCAUCUCCACCCUGACCGCCCUUGGCCUGGCCUGCAUGGUGUAUGCCAUCCUGCUCAGCUCCUUCCUCUGGUUCACCAUCCGUGCUGGGGACAACCUGGCUCGCAGAGGCCAGUACACGCUGAAUCCCUGGUCCCGGGAGCGCCAGCCACAGGGGCCCAGUUUCUUCAGAAGGUGCCCCAGCCCACACCGCACCUCCCACCUGGGUCCCGCACCCUGGCCAUCCCAGCACGCCUGACACUGCACGCUGGUUAGGCCCUGCGUGCCCAGAGGAGGGGCCCAUGACCCCAGGGCGCAGGUCAAGCGGACAGCUGCCCAAUGACAGGAGGCCACCCACAGAGAAGGCCAGCGCCGCCCACAGCCUGCCCAGAGGAGGCCGGACACUGCCCACUUGGGUGUCCAGCUGGGGUACUCUGCUGAGCGUGAAGGCCAACGGUGGUCCGAGCCGUUCAGACUGAGAUCUCCCAGAGGACAGAGCUGUGGGCAGGACACCUGAACAGACAACUUUAUAAAGAAGACCCAGGGGCCGGGUGGUGGCGCACCGGGCUGGGCGUACACGUCACAGUGUGCAAGGACCCAGGUUUGAGCCCCCAGUCCCCACCUGCAGGGGGAAAGCUUGGUGAGUGGUGAAGCAGGGCUGCAGGGGUCUCUCUCCCUCUCUGUCUCCCCCUCCCCUUUCAAUUUCUGGCUGUCUCUACCCAAUAAAUAAAUAAAUAAAGAUAAUACAAAAGAAAGAAAGAAGGCCCCAUACAGCCCACAGACACACCAAGAAACGCUCCACUGCUCCUGUCGUUGGAGAAAUGCAAAUUCAAGCCACACUGAAUGGCCAACAUCAACACACAGGAAGCAGGUGUGGGGAGGUUACGGGAAAAGGGGGCCCCUGCUCCCUGCUGGUGGGGAUGCCACCUGGGCAGCCCCUGUGGAAUCAAACAAAGACCGAAACAAUUCCCUAUCCAGCCUGGCCGCUCGGAGGCAUUUAUGCAAAGUACAUAAAAACGCGGACGCAAAGGGACUUCCAUUCCCUGCGCUCACAGCUGCCUUAUUCACAACAGCCAGAGAGUAGAUGCAGCCGAGAUCGCUGCCCAUCCACAGAUGACUGGAUAGAGAAGUUAUGGGGUACUGGCUCCGUGGAAUACUACUCUGCCAUCAAAACAGAUGAUAUUGUGUCCUUGGGGACAAAAUGGAUGGAGCUGGAGGUGAAGACGCUUAGUGAGAUAAAAGACGAAAGACAGCUGCCAGGUGGUGUCACUCAUGUGUGGAAUCUGGUGAUCUGAGACACAGGGACCUAGAGACAAAGAAAACAAGCCAGCAGACUGUGUCUGAGGCUUGUGAGCCCUCUGGUGGGGGUGGGGCAUGUGUGGUGUGGAACGAGACCCUGUCAUCUCACAGUCUAGUGACCCAUAAUUAAUCACAACUGAAAAAAUGGAGAAAAUCAAAUAAAUAUGCAAGAGAGGGCGUGAAACAUUUGGUCCGUGGAGUAUUACUCUGCAAUGAGAAAAGACGGCAGGCAUUGUGUCCUCAGGGUGGGACUGGAGGCGAUGACGCUUAGUGACAUAAGAAGUGAGAGACGAUUACAGAUGGUCUCACUCGUAGAGGA